AUGGCACGAGGAAGAGGCAGAGGCGGCGGCCCAAGGCUGCGCUUAUCAGCAAGAAAUUCCACUCCUGCUGCCAAAGUCGAGGUGUCAGAUGAAGAAAUGCCGGAUCCAGUUGUGCAAGACGAAGACGAUGGAGACGAGGACCAUGUCGAGCCCGACGGCGCUGAGGAUGAUGAUGGCGAACAAGACGCAGAAGAAGACCAAGAUGGUGGAGAUCGCAGCAGUCCGCCCGUCGUCCAGACGAUCCCACGUAAACGAGGCAGAGGCCGUCCACCAACACGUCCACGACCCGAUUGGGACACACCGGAGCCUGGUACUGGUAACGGCUCAGAAUCUGGCACUCCACGGAGAAAGAGAGGACGUCCAUCAGGCAUUGGAGGAUCUCGUGGUGGUUUUAGAGGCAGACCAAGAGGUGGACCUUCCCACGCAACGCGAGUUCCAAUCGACAAGGAGGGCAAUAUGAUGGAUGUCAUCAACGAUGAGGUUGCGCUCCCAGAGGACCCCGAGGGAGAGACCAAGGUCAACAAGGAUGGACAUCUCCAAGGAGGCCGCGACUACCGUGUGCGUGUCUUUACCAUCCUAGGCCGCGGUGACAGGCUUUACAUGUUGUCAACCGAGCCUGCUCGCUGUACUGGCUUCCGUGACAGCUACCUCUUUUUCACCAAACAUCUCCAGCUCCACAAGAUCAUCAUUGGCGAGGACGAAAAGAAAGACCUGAUCUCUCGCGACAUCAUCCCGCAUUCCUACAAAGGUCGCGCAAUCGGUGUGGUUACUGCCCGCUCUGUAUUCCGCGAGUUUGGUGCGCGUAUUGUCGUUGGAGGCCGCAAGAUUAUCGACGACUACCAAGUCAAGGCAGCAAAGGAGAGAGGCGAUAUCGAAGGUGAACUGGCCGACCCCAAUGACCGUCUACCUGCUCCAGGUGAGCCAUACAACAAGAACCAGUAUGUUGCUUGGCAUGGCGCAAGUCAAGUAUACCACAACAACGCACCCAGCGUUCCUCUUCAGCCUGGCAAGCCUGCACCAGGAAAGAGAAAGACCAACAUCACCACUAGUAACUGGCAGUUUGAGCAUGCCAGAGAAGCAAGCCGCUUCAACUCUACCCUAGCCGCCGCACGUCGCUCAAACCUCAAUGGCAUUUACGACAUCAACACUAACCUGAUGUUCUAUCCCAAGAUCAUGCAGCCAAGUCACGUCAAGUGGGAGCGUGUAGUCCCAGGUGAAGAGGAAAAGUCCGAAGGAGAAUCCGCCACUUUCAAACCUCUUCCCGAUCUUAUCAAGAGGAACUAUCUUGUUACCGACACUUACUUCGAGAGUGCACCUAGAGCAAACCUGGGUGUCCCUGGUCCGGAUGGCGAUGUCCACGAUCUCUCCACCAACGGCCUCUCAACAAUUUCUCAGGAUGUUCUAGAUGAGCUCCCAGAGGAGUGCAGAGCAGCCUUUGAAGAGGCAAAGAACGCCGAACUCGAAUGGAAGUCGAAAUGGCAUGAUGAACACGCCGACGGCGCGCGCGGCAAGCUGCGCAUCGGUUUCAAUGGCUUUCCUGUUUGA